AUGAAGCUGUUCAAGCUGGACUUCAACAUUAAGGAUCGCUACAGAAGAGGCCUGGCCGACGGGGUCAGGUCCAACCGGUCUCCUCAGUCCGAGGCGACGGCUACCAUGUCCAGCUACCACGACCCACACCAUCAUGCCUCUUCUCCCUCCUCUCCCUCGGCCCUGGUCUCAGCUAACCUGUCUUCCUCGGGAGGUGGUCGCGACGAACGAAUGGAACAGUGGAACCACUUUGGCUCCUCCUCCCUCGAGGCCGCCAACUCACAGACAUACGCACAACCACAUGCUCGAGGAAUUGGUCGUCUUAACGGUGGUGGUGGGCAAGACUAUGGAUACGACGACCACCAUGAAGACGAUACCUCAAAUGACGGAUACAUGUCUUCAUCCUCUUCUUCCUCCGGGGGAUCUCUCUCUUCGUCUUCGGCCCUCUCCCCUUCGUCGUCCCAUUCGUCUGACGACGAUGACUAUGAUGAUGAUGACGAUAUGCAAGGAGGAGGUGGUGGAGGAGGAGACUAUGGUGGAGCGGAGGAUUCACAAGACAACGAGUACUUGGGUACACACCCGUUCAGUAUGAGUUCGAGUAAAGAGUAUCAUGACUAUUACCGGGGAAGUCACGGGUCAGGGGACCAUGGUGGGCUGCUCCCUGCUGCAGCUGCACCGGCGAUCGAGCCCCAGUCGGAUCGAGAGGCACUGGAACUUGAGGCCAGACAGCGCCGUCUGGAACGCCACGCCGACAAGCGACGUCAGUCUCUGAAUGGGAACCAGCCCGCUCCCGAAGGUCUAUCCACUCAUGCGCCAACUGGACCUGUUGUCUUGGACAUGCUCCGGAGCGAGGAGGAACGAGAGCGGAGGAGGCAAUUCGGAGGAGAGUACCGAGACUAUGAACAAGACGAUGACGAUGACGACGAUGAUGAAGAGGAUGAGGACGAGGACGAGGACGAGGAUGACUAUGAGGAUGAUAUCGAGGAGGAAGAUGAAGAGGAUGAGGAGGAUGAGGAGGAUGAGGAGGAACAGGAGGACCAUGAAGGCGAGAACGAGAGCGAGCACUAUAAAGAUGAUGUCUAUAACGAUACAGAAAGAGAGGAGUACGAUCCGAUCGCCGAGUAUGAUUACGGGUACGAGAACAACAUCAACGAGUCAGAUCAAUCAGUGGAUGAGCAUAUGGAGGUCAUAGAUCUCAGUGAUGGGAGUGACGAGGGGAGUGACGAGGAGCAAGACGAGACCUACUACGACGAAGAGGAGGAUGCCGAAGUGGAGAACUACUAA